GUUGCUGUUCAAGAUGGCGUUCUUUCGGAGACGUGCAGGAAGUGUAGCACGAAUAUUUUUUAUUUCUUUGGUCGUUAUACCCAUAGUUUUGGCCAAAACUUGUAAAAAGUUAAGUAACUGUAAAUGUGAGCUGGACGAUGGCAGUGUCAUAGACUUGAGCGAUUUAGACAACAAAGACGGUAAACCAAGAUUCACUGACAUUCCUGAAGAGGGUCAAUCAUACACAUAUAAAUACAAUCCUUGUACACCAAUCAAAUUGACUGGAGAGGACUCUGCCUGCACAGGAGCGAACCUUUGUCAGAGAGAUCCACAGAUACUUCCCCCCUCUUACUACCCUUGUGAUGCAUCCAACCCAUCGUUCACAGUUGACGAGUCCAAUCAUGUCGUCAUGACUUACAAAUCCUCUAAAGAUAGCUAUGGAUAUACAAGAACAACGAAAGUCACUCUCCUUUGUGAUGAAGAGCAGAAAAAAGGAAGUACUGGUAAAGGAGUAAGCCAAACGCCAGGACUAGGACCCUCAUCAACAUACAUUUUUCCCACUUGUUUUGCUGUAUCUGAUAUUCGGGAUCCUUUUCAACGUGUUCAUCCGACAUAAGCAGUCUGUACCAGAUGUAUUGCCCAACCACACCUUCUGGGCUGAUUUUCCUUUCCUUGUCAAGUCAUACUUCAUGAGAUCCUGUCCAAACCAAAUGCAAAACUCUUGGCCAGCGGUAACAAACAUUGGUGUUGUAAAGUUUGGAAAUAUCAAUUCAGGAGGCAAAGAAGUAAACCCAGGAAUGCGAUACUUCAUUUGCCUCCGAUCAUAG